UUCUGUUGAAUCAGUGUGAUCGGUUGCUAUCUACCUAUGUAUAUGUUUAUAAAGUGCUUUGAGCUCCUUGGGGAGUCACUUUAUAUGAGUGCAUGUAAGUGUAGUUAUGAUUAUCACUGGCUGAUCUGCUUUCCAGAAGGGUUCAUUUGGCUUGGGGCACACCCUGGCUCUGUGAAUGGAGUUACUGUAUGAAUGACACACCCAUUUUUCCCAGUGUGACUGUUCUGAAACACUGCUUUAUCAUUCCAACAAAGUUUGUUUGAAAAAUGCCCCAAUUAGCUGCUAGCUCUUUGGCAUUGAAGAGUUUCAUUGUCUCCGUGCAGACAUUCAGGAAGGACUGCUUUAGUGACAACCACUCCCAGACUUAGUUGGCUCCUUGUCUGCUGGUGACUGGCUGGCCCUGGUCUUGCCAUGGGCCGGAUUCAGGUGGAGCAAUGUGGCCUCAUAUUCUCACAAACUCAACACAAUCCCUUACUCUGUGGUCCCAGCUGAUGCCUUAUCUCAUAGGGAGAAACAAGAAAUGGAGAUUUAUUCCUGAAAAGGAAAACGUGAACAUCCAAGACUCUGUGUUCAGCUAGCCAAAGAAGAGAUGGGAAAGCUAGAGGCAAGAGCAGGCCCUUCAAGAUGGGGAAUCUGCCUUCUUUAUCAAGGAACUAGAAAGUCAUGCCUCUUGGGAAAGGUUCCCACCGUGAGCUGAAUGUUCCAUCUUUACUUCUAGAAAAUGAUCACCUCCUUUGAACUAGUUAAUGGAGAUACAUCAAGGAUAUCCUUAAAGAAAUUACAACUGACCAAUGGGAGAUAAGAAUCAGACAACAGUGACUGAAUUUCUCUUCUUGGGCCUCACAGGGCAUCCCCUUCAGCAGAUUGUCCUCUUUGUCACACUUCUCUUUGUCUAUCUUGUCACCCUCGGAGGUAACCUGGGGAUGAUCACCCUCAUAUGGAUGGAUCCCCGACUCCACACUCUUAUGUACUUUUUUCUUAGCCACUUGUCCUUUGUAGAUAUUUCUUCCUCUUCUUCUAUUGCCCCCAAGAUGCUAUGCGAUAUCUUUGCAGAGAAAAAAGGCAUUUCUUUCAUGGGUUGUGCUGCACAGAUGUGGGUCUUUGGACUCUUUGUGGCAACUGAAUGCUUCCUCCUGGCUUCCAUGGCCUAUGAUCGGUAUAUGGCCAUCUGUAAGCCCCUAUUGUACACGCUCAUCAUGUCCCAGAGGGUCUGCGUGCAGCUGGUGGCGGGGCCUUAUGCCAUGGCUCUUCUGAGCACCAUGACGCAUACGGUUCUCACUUUUUGCUUACCCUUCUGUGGUCCAAAUAUCAUCAACCACUUCUUCUGUGAUAUUUCACCACUGCUUUCCCUAGCGUGUGCAGACACCUGGGUCAAUAAGUUGGUGCUUUUCAACUUGGCUGGAGCCAUAGGAGUGUUCAGCGGCCUGAUGAUCGCGGUCUCCUAUGUUUGCAUCCUGGUGGCCAUCUUGAAGAUCCAGACUGCUGACGGGAGGCAGAAGGCCUUCUCCACUUGUUCUUCUCACCUGGCAGCCGUCUCUCUCCUAGCUGGGUCUCUUUUCUUUAUCUACGUUCGGCCUGGCUCAACUUCCUCCCUGGAUAGCAAUAAAGUGAUUUCCUUAUUUUAUACUGUGGUAAUCCCCAUGUUGAACCCCCUCAUCUACAGCCUGAGGAACAAGGAGGUACAAAAUGCAUUCAGGAGAAAUUUUGAAAGGAAAAAAGUUGAAAGUUGAUAAAAUAGCAUUCUAAUUGUGUUGCACCACAGACAUGAUUCAACAAUUUGUGGUUAACAGACCACUGCACUGAGAAUUAGAAGCUCUCCUUAAUUCCUGGAUCUGUUAGUUACCUGGUCACUUAUAUAUUGUAAAUACUGUUUAUAUUCUUUUAACUUCAGUCUUCUCCUUUGUAAAAUCAUGGGGAAUACAAAAUAAUUUACAGGUAUAUUAAAGGUAUAAAUGUAAUAUAUGCCAGAAGAAAAUCUAGGAGAACAUUUAUAUAUUCUUAUUUGUGGGAAGGCAUUUCAUUCCUGACCAGAAAGGCAAAUGUUAUAAGGAAAUCAAUAUAUAAAUAGAGUUUAUUAAUAAAGGCUUCAUAGACCUUUUUAAAAUUUGAACAAUGAAAGUGAGAAAACAAUUGCAAAACAAGUGACUCACAAUGAGUUAAUGUCCCAAUAGUAGUGUUAGAACAUAUAUGUACACAUACAUAUAUAUAUAUGAAAUACAGUAGAGAAGUAGACCAACAAAUGGAUGGAUAGUUGACACAAUUAGAAAUGAAAUGGCUGAAAAUAUAAAUUUAUAAACAUAUCUAUAAAUUCAACUUCACAGUUGCUCAAAUAAAUGAAAUAUUACAAUGAUAAUAUAAUUCCUUUUUCCUUCUAUCUAAUUGGCAAACAUUGAAAUGAUUAUGUGCAAUGCUGGUCAGGUUACCAUUUGGAUAUGGACAUUGAUUUUACAUUUAGCUACAGUAGCUACAUUUUCAGAAAAUAAUUUUGAUGAUUUCAAUUACAAUGCACACAAUCUUUGACCUAUCUUACAUUUGGAAAUCUACGCUAUAGAAAUACAGAUACCAGACACUAAUGUUGCAGCAUCAUUUAAAGGGGGAAUAAAAGGAAAUGACCUGAAUUUGAAUCAUUAGGGGAAACAUAGCUCUUUGAAACGUUGCACAGCAAAGUAGAGAAAGAAUUAGAUAUUCAUACUUCGGUUUGAAGAAAACUGAUACAAUCGUUGAUAGAUGAAAAAAAUCAAGUCAAAGUUUAACCUGAUCAAACUUUGUAAAAAAAAAAAGGUGGGGUCAGACCUAGCUAAUGUGUAAAAUAUAUUGAUAUGUGCAUAUUUAAAUGAUCGUAUUUUGUUCCUUGGUUUCAAAUCAUGUGCUUAUAUGCUCAGUUAUUUUGCAUUUUAUAGCCAGCAUUGAAAAAUAAAAGUGAUAAUUUGAGGCUUCAUAUAGUAACUUACUCUAGAGAGAGUUUAUGUUUGCUUCUGCCAGGUGAGUAGGACAACUAGUAAUCCAUCCUGGACAAUGUUAUCAGCAGUCUUGGACAAUGUGAAUCGGGGACUGAGAUGAGAGAAACCUGGCUAUGGAUUUUAUGAAGGCUAAUCUGGUUUGUCCACCUUAC